GGCGCGUGUUCACACAUUCCUCUCCGCGUGGACCAGAGCCACAGGUCUGUGCACCGCCUGAAUGUGGAGGCAGAGCACCGCCUGAAUGUGGAGGCAGAGCACCGCCUGAAUGUGGAGGCAGAGCACCGCCUGAAUGUGGAGGCAGAGCACCGCCUGAACGCGCCGAUGCAAAGAUGAAAAAGCAGAACGUGCGGACGCUGUCUCUCAUCCUCUGCAUGUUCUCGUAUUUACUGGUCGGUGCCGCGGUGUUUGACGCGCUGGAGUCUGAGACGGAGAGCUCCCGGAGGCGCGUCCUGGAGCAGAAGCGCAGCGAGAUGAAGAAGAAGUACCGCUUCACUGAGGAAGACUACCGUGAGAUCGAGCGCGUGGUGCUCCAGGCGGAGCCGCACCGCGCGGGCAGGCAGUGGAAAUUUGCGGGAUCCUUUUACUUUGCCAUAACAGUCAUUACCACGAUAGGUUAUGGACACGCAGCUCCGGGCACAGACGCGGGGAAGGUGUUCUGCAUGUUCUACGCGGUUCUGGGCAUCCCUCUCACCCUGGUCAUGUUCCAGAGCCUGGGCGAGCGCAUGAACACGUUUGUGCGUUAUCUCCUCCACAAAACGAAGCAGUGUUUGGGCUGCAGGCGCACAGAGGUCUCCAUGGAGAACAUGGUGCUGGUGGGCUUCCUGUCGUGCCUCGGGACGCUGUGUGUGGGCGCCGCGGCCUUCGCUCACUUUGAAGGAUGGAGUUUCUUCCACGCGUACUACUACUGCUUCAUCACACUCACCACCAUCGGCUUCGGGGACUUUGUGGCCCUGCAGAAGAAAGAAGAUCUUCAAGAGAAAACUCCGUACGUGGCCUUCAGUUUCAUGUACAUCCUGGUCGGCCUCACCGUCAUUGGGGCUUUUCUGAAUCUCGUCGUUCUUCGAUUUCUCACCAUGAACUCUGAGGACGAGCGGCGGGACGCGCAGGAGCGGGUGUCCCUCAAGAGGAACAAGGGCCUUUUGGACGGAAGUCUUCGGAUCCUGGGGGAGCGCAGGCAGAGGACGGUGCACAGGCGGAGACACAGCGCUCUCUUUCUCCCGAUGGAGGAGGGGACCAGCCGCACCAACCUGAUCUCCUCCCCCGCAGACGACCAGGAGAGACACGGGAGCCCCCGCCGCUCCCGCUUACACCUCCACAUCGCCGGGGACAGGAGACCCCAGUCCAGCCUGAGCUCCCUGUGCUCCUGUAUGUGCUACCGGCUGGGCGUCUGUGACAGUCCGCUCAUGGCAGAAAACCACGGCUGCCAUCUUAAUUCUGUGCACUACAACUCGGUGUCGUACAGAAUUGAAGGAUGUUUGGCCGGAUGUAGAGACAAUACCGGGUUCUCUUCACCGGGGAGCGCCCUGUCCCCCAGACACGCCUUUCACGACUUUGCGAGGUCCAGGAGAAAAUCUGUGUAAUGAGAAAAGAGUUUUAUGAAUGUUCACUAUUUUGAGAAACUUGAAUUUGUACUACGGGGUUUGGUAAAGUCGGCAGGUGCACAACGGCGAUACGACACAAUUUGCUGCGAGAGCACACGGCUAUUUUAAACUACACUUACAUAACUACUAACUUUUCACCACACUAGAGCACACAGUCUGCCAAACGGGACACUCUGUCUCAAUAUGGACUCAUGCAAAACGCUGAAAAUGAGACUGAAACGACCUCAUAGUUCUCAAAUUCACUUCCAAGUUUCAGUUCUUCAACCGAUUCAUGGCGUUGUGUUUUGUAGUUAGGGGGUUUGUUUGGAGUAUUUUCCUCUUUUGCUCUUCUCGGGGAGAGAUUUGCACAUUAAUUUAGUGUUUUCCCUCACACAGAUGUUGCCAUAAACUGUAAAUCACGAGGAAGGGCAUUAAAACAGACGGGGCUGAACGUGG